GUCAUCACCACCAAUGGGGAGUAAGGUUGUAUACUCAGUUUCGUUAAGUCGCUUCUUUGGAGGCUGGAAUGUAAAUCCAGGGGGGAUUAGUGAGAACACAGUGAGCUGUAAACCCUUCAGUAGCUCUCCAAGAGGUCUCUGCCUUAGUGCGUAAAGUUGGGAAGGGGGCUUCGGACGCACUGCGCAGCACUUAUUAUCCUACAGGCUACAUGUGCGUCUCCUCUGCGGGAUACUUAACGAGGAUUUGUGAUAUUUUGAUGGCACUACCCGCUCGGGUCACUGACAGAUGAAAACAGUGGCGUUUGGCGCAUGUUAAGGCGUUUUCACUCACUCGAGAAAAAUCAUCUGUCCCGGAGCGCAAAAAGGGACAUGGGUCAACUUUAUGGUGCGACUCUUUUACCAUUUGGCGCUAUCUGUGUCGUUUUCCUCUGGGAAUCUGGUGCCAGCUCCAUCAGGACGACGCUUGCAGUGGACACCUCAGGAAUGGAGUGUCCCGAUAAUAAAAUCUUGACGGUGGAAUAUCCCUGCAUUAGGGCCGAUGGGAAGAAUGGCACUUGCUUCAGGAGGAAAUGCUGUAAAGGGUUCAGGUUUGUGAUGGGCCAGUGCAUACCUGAAAGUGUGGAUGUGUGUGCUGCAUCACCUUGCGAGCAGCAGUGCACUGAUAACUUUGGACGAGUUGUCUGCACAUGCUAUCCUGGGUAUCGCUUUGACCGAGAAAGACACCGCAACCACAAAUCUCCAUACUGCCUGGACAUUGAUGAGUGUGAGGCCCCAGGCAGCAGUCUGUGUGACCACGAGUGUGUGAACACAGUGGGCAGCUUUGAGUGUCGCUGUCGCAGUGGUUACAUUCUUGCAUCGGAUCAACGCUCUUGCAUCCCCAUACACAACUUGAGUUCAUCAGGGAAGUCUGACACCUUGAUGAGUUCUGGUACCUGCUCAUUCACCUGUCAAGAUUUUAUGAACAUGAAAAAUAGUUUACUGCAGCUGAAACUCAAGCUGGGAAAUACACACUCACCCAACCAGGUACCUGGCCUGGCCAACAGCAGUAAUAAACCAAGUCUGGGGCGAGCAGGAAAAAAACCUGAUGGCCCGUGCCUUUCUGGUCUUCCUGGCCCUCCAGGAGCUCCUGGUGUCCCAGGACACCCAGGGCAACCUGGAAUGAGAGGUGACCUUGGGGAGAGGGGCCCUCCUGGACCUCCUGGCCCUCGGGGGGACAUGGGACCCAUGGGUCCAGAGCCUGACCUAAAGCACAUAAAGAGAGGCCGAAGGGGGCCAGUGGGACCACCCGGGGCACCAGGAAGAGAUGGAUUAAAGGGUGACAGAGGAGCUCCAGGUCCCAGAGGCCCACCUGGUCCACCUGGCUCCUUCGACUUUCUUUUGCUAAUGAUGGCUGACAUCCGAAAUGACAUAAUCGAACUCCAAGAGAAGGUGUUUGGGGAGCAGCGGGGAAUCUCUCUGGACAGUCCUCCUCAUUCCAGCGGGGAGGCAGAUUUUGUAGAGUGGGGCUCUGGAAAAGGAGAUCACAUGCUUAAUACCUGACGUCUGAUGUCCACCUCAGAGUAACAAUUACUUGAUCCCAGCAAACAACAUAUCAGUCCUGACUCUUUGUUUAGAGGAUACCAGAUGCUGGUGGUCAAAGUGUUAGCAUGUACAUAAUUUCUAACCUCGUGGCUGGGAUGAGUCUUGCUUGAACUCUCAACAGUGGCACAGACAGUAAAACAGAGCAACCUAAAAUUUUGAAACCUGAUGCUUUGACCACCGCAAGCGCUGUUUUGCUGCCUUUCAAAUGGAUGUGAGAGUGAAGGGUGUGCGUGCAGAACAUGGAGUGAGAAAGAUGCCGCGUGAGCCUUUAUGUCUGAGUCUCUGAGCUGUGCCUCUGAGCAGAACCACUUCAAACGACUGACUUUAUCGUCUACAUCUCUUCCUGUUCCUGAGUCUGUUCACGAAAGCUCUGCUGUGCCACUCACAGUUUGCCUCCAGGGCACUGGUAUGAGGACUCAGGCCCUGCGCUGUUACCCUCCUCAGCACCUGCCUGUGGCAUCCAGCCAGGAACUCUGACUGUGCAGCUAACCUCUGAGGGGGUCUUCAGAAGAUAAAGAUAUAUGAGUAUGGUAUUGUUAAAAUUGUAAAAUUAAAGAAGCUCAAUUUUAAUUAAAAAAAAAACAUUUAACAAAUAGAAGUCACCUGGUAUGUACCACUUAGAAAUAAUAUGAAGUGAUAUAAAUGAUUUUAAAAAGUAGAAAAAUGGACACAAAGAUCUUUAAACUCACUUGUUUAAUGGGUUCAUUAUGAACAUAUUCAAGAAGAAUGUUGAACAUUUUUUAAAAUUGGAGGCUGAGCCAGCAAGACAGACAAGAAGACAGCUGGUCAUUUAUUUUAUUUUAUUUUAUUUCAUUUUAUUCUAUUUUAUUUUAUUUUUUAAGUAAAUUAUGAAAAGGGUAAACUCAGUGCUUGUCAAGGCUUGUCUUAAUGCAGUUGUUUUAUAGUUUUCAAUUUGAAUUUGUUGUCCAUCAGUUUCAAAAGAUGUAAUAAUUAGUUGGUUUUCAACAAAGCAUGUAGCAAAAGUUACAGAGGAGAAUGAGAGCCAUGUUAAAAAAAACAUCUAUAUUACUGAUUAUUUUGAGAGUAAAGUCAAAAUGUAGAGAUUACAGCUGUUGUUUCAAGACAACCUGCCACAGCUGCUAUACUCUCUACAAAACGCCUUGCUAGAUGAGUUAGUGAAACAAACUGAUCAGUCAUCUCAUCGUGUCUUGUGAUACAACAUUCAUCCUGUUUAUUGUAACCAUUGAUAGCCUUACAUCUGUCCACUGCCAGCCAUUUAAUUUAGCCAAAUCCACUCUUCUGUGUUUGUGUGUUUUUUUCCGUCUGACCAGAAGCAGCUUUCUGCACUUCAUUGUGAUCACUAUACUGUGUUUAUGUGCUAAAGGAUUGAUAAUUUGUCUACAAAGUGCAUUUCAUAGAGGGUACAGCAGCCAUGGCAAUUUGUCUUGAAACAGCAACUAUAAUCUCCACAUUUUUAUAUCUUAAGGCACAUGCAACACACAUGAUAAAUGUUUUAUAAUUUGAUACUCCUGAGGUUUCAACCAGAUUUCUAGGAGCAACCAGGAGCAGUUGCUAUCAGCAUUUAUCCUAAUCAUGUGAAAAUGUGAACACAAUUUAAAAUGUGUCCACUUUUAGUACUUUACAAUCAGAGACUCUAGUAUUUUCAUCUGGAGGAUUUUGGUGCUGAAUAAAUGUGCAUAAUAAUAACAUAAUAAUCACUGAUUCAGUUUGAUAAGACAAGCUGAGGGUUUUUGUGCCAUAAAUGAAAUAAAUAAGUAAUACAUUCCUCUCUUAACAGCAACUGCCAAGCAAAAGACACAAAUUUAUAGCCCACACCCAAACUUUUCCACUUUAUGUCCCGAAGGGAUUGGAGCCUGUCCCAGAUGAAACUGGGUAAAAAACAGGCUAAAACAGAGAGACCACACUCAUACCAAUUCCAAUUUUGAAUCUCCGGUUAAUCUAACAUGAAUGUUGUUGCUAAAAAAGCAAGCUUGAGUAAUUGUGAAAAACGGACAAAGGCACAACCCACAAAAAAAGAUCCAGCCAACAGUAGUUUGAAAUCCAGAAACCUUCUGAGACAUAGUGCACUAACUACUCACUACUCAAAAGAGUAGAGCCAGACUCAGAAUCCUUGUUUGUGUGCACAAACUUGGCCAAAUAAAGAUGGAUCUGAUUCUGACUUCUGAAACCAAGUAUGGAUUUACUCAGUGCCACCAGCAGAGGGUGCUAAUUCUCAGAUAGUGCUUUCUCAAAGUAAAGCAUUGCGUCCUUUAACUUGCUUUGUGUAAUACUUACCUGAUCAAAGGGCCCUGCCACCAAACCAUCACAUAGUAGGUGUUUAUAUUUUUCCAUGUUUUUGAGCAUACAUGAAUUAUCCUAGCAUUCAUGUACAGGCUGGUGCUCGUUAUUAUGUUCAGCGCUGACUGUUGAACCAUCGCGUGGCUGCAUGUCAUUAUGAAAGGUAUAACAAUUAGAGGUCAGAGGUGAAAUGUCUUGGGGUACAGAGCUGUAGGGAUAA